AUGCAACAACGUGGAGGUCCCCGAUUCGGUCAACAGGAUUGCUUUCCCCAACCUUUCAUUCAACAACCUCAAGGAAUGAACGCCAACUGGAAUAGCACGACUCAAUUUGUCAACCGCGCAAAGCAAAGCGCUUUGCAACAAAGUGGCAACCAUCAACUCGCCGCCCUCUUUAGCAACAACCCGGGUGGAUAUAACCAUGGCAUGGGCGAUGGUGGUGAUGGCAAUGGAUCUAAUCAUCAAAUGCCAUCAGAUGGAUUCAUGCGCCCACCAUUCCAAAGUGUUCGAAUGGGCGGCCCUACUCAGGGGCAACAAUUUGGCGGAAAGCCAGGAUGUAAUUGUCCAAAUUGUGCGGGAGCUGCAGGUGGAAAUUCAUUCCAAGCACCACCACCCGGACCCAUGAUGGGACCUGGGCCUAUGAUGGGGCCGCAACAAAAUGACGGCGGAAGAGGAAAUGGAGUCAUGACCUUCACCUCUCAGCUAACGGGACUUCCAAUUCCUGAACACCCCUCAAGACUCUUCCCAAAUAUUGAUUUUGUCAUGGUGCCUGCUACUGGAAAUGCAAAUGGAGCUUGUGAUUGUGGAUGUGGACAACACAACCCGAUGCAAAAUUUCUCGGGCAGUGGUAAUAAUAUGCAACAACAGCCGGGAAAUAAUAAAAUAAACAUGAACAAUCAGCAUUUCGGAUGGGGUGGCAACAAUAACGGAAACAAUGGAGGGGGCAAUUUCUGCUUUGGUGGAAACGGGAUGCAAAUGAAUAGCCUGUUUUAA